GGAGGCUCCAGUCCAGAGGAACAAACUGCGGAGACUGAGCGCUGCACUAGCACGCGCACACACACACUGACUCGCAGACACGCGCGCACGCACACACGUAACACAACAGACCGGAGAGACGCUCGUGUUUUGUUGUGAAGUGAGUAAAGAGCCGAGGCGCAACGAAGCGUGGCGAAGAAGGAGAAGAAGAAAGAGAAGAAGAAGAAAGAGAAGAAGAAGAAGAAGUGGUCUCAGCGCAGCUCCGAUGAAACGACAAAGAGAGCCAUCAUGUGAAAGAACUUAACGUGGGAAACGGACGACAGGGGCUGGAAUACGAGCGGAAGAGAAAGUCAAAGGGCGUGAGCGGAAUGUCCGUGGAUGUGAAGCCUGAAGCCCCCAUGUAUGUGUAUGAGUCGACGGUUCAUUGUACCAAUAUCCUCCUCUGCCUCAACGACCAGCGGAAGCAGGAUAUCCUGUGCGAUGUGACCGUCCUGGUGGAGGGCAAGGAGUUCCGCGGGCACCGGUCCGUGCUGGCCGCUUGCAGCGAGUAUUUCCUCCAGGCGCUGGUGGGCCAGGCGGAGAAUGGCUUGGUCGUUAGCCUUCCUGAAGAGGUCACUGCCAGGGGAUUUGCCCCAUUGUUGCAGUUUGCCUACACUGCUAAGCUGUUACUCAGCAGAGAAAACAUCCAGGAGGUCAUCCGCUGUGCCGAAUUCCUGCGCAUGCACAACCUCGAGGACUCAUGCUUUCGCUUCCUGGAAGCUCAACUGCGCAGUGAGAAUGAUGGCCUGCUGCCCUACCACAAGGUGGCUGCUGUGGCAAACAACACAGAGGAUGAGAGCAUGCAGCCAGAGACGGAAAGGUCCCCUAGGGCGCAAAAGUGUGCUGAUGCCCUUACCUCCUUUCGAUGCCCUGACAAUGAUCGGCUAGCAAUUGCUAUUCCAAGUAACUUCACGGAUGGCCGGCUGGACUUUGAUAGACAUGGAGUGUCAGACCUGCCACGAUGCCCCAAGUACAGAAAAUACCAGUGGGCUUGCAACAAGCACAAUAAUGACAACUCCUCACACACCAGUACCUCAGGUUUUCCAAGCACAUUAAAGGAGAGCAGCAUUGGUGGGGCAGUGGCAGGUCAGGGGAAGCUGCCUUUGGCACAGAUCAAAGUUGAGCCACAGGUUGAAGAAGAAGCCAUCUCAUUGUGCCUGUCAGGGGAUGAGCAGGAUGUCAGGGAUAGGGACAUUGUGACAGCUAUGGAGAUGGAUAACCCAAUAUCUAUUGAAAGAACCAAGAGAACCAAGUCUCCUUCAUGCCUCCGAACCCUCUUCAAGAAAGGGGUGGACCUGCCCAGCCUGCCCAACACAUCACAGCAGCUUUUCGCAAACAGACUUGUUUGCCUCCAGGACAAAGGAAACUCUCAGGGAGAUCAUAAAAAAGACUUAGGGCCUUUCACUGGGGAGCUGGGUCUGUCUCUUACAUCCCCAAAGGACAUGGACGGUUUCCCAGCAGGGUUGUCUCUCAAAUCUGCUUCCUGUGAUGGGGUCUGCAAACAGGAAGUUGAGCUAGACCGUCGUAGUGUCAUAUUUUCCUCAGGGGCCUGCAAACGUCUGGGAACCCCAGCGCAUUCCUACCCAGGAGGGAACUCUUUGGAGAUGGAGCUCUCUGAGCACAUGCCAAAGGGCCUUUGGGCUGGAUCCAGCCAGUCUCUCCCCACCUCCCAGACCUUUUCUCCCAGCACCACCUCCACUGAACCUCCACUUCUAUGCCGCCCACGGCCCAACACCAGCUGCCCAGUGCCAAUCAAAGUUUGCCCGCGCUCGCCAACUUGUGAGACACGCACCAGGACUUCCAGCUCCUGCUCCUCAUACUCCUAUGCGGAGGACGGCAGUGGAGGCUCUCCCUGUAGCCUACCACAAUUUGAGUUCUCCUCUUCACCAUGCUCCAAUGUGGCACGCUGCCUCAAUGUGGACCAGCAGGAGCAAAGUGUGGGAGGGGAUACCCUUUUUAACCAAGGGCAGCCCAAGAUCAAAUGUGAGCAGUCGUACGGCACCAACUCUAGCGACGAGUCAGGGUCCUUCUCAGAGGGAGACAGCGUACAGGAGCGGGGUCCAGAGGUGAAGCUCCCUUUCCCCGUAGAUCAAAUCACAAAUCUUCCAAGGAAUGACUUCCAAAUGUUGGUGAAAAUGCACAAACUGACCUCGGAGCAGCUUGAGUUCAUCCAUGACGUGAGGCGGCGGAGUAAGAACCGCAUCGCCGCACAGCGCUGCCGCAAGAGGAAGCUGGACUGCAUCAUGAACCUGGAGUGUGAGAUCAGGAAGCUGGUCUGUGAGAAGGAUAAGUUGCUGACAGAGAGGAACCAGCUGAAGGCCUGUAUGGGGGAACUGUGGGAGAACUUCUCCUGCCUGUCCCAAGAAGUGUGCCGGGACGUCCAGCUGAGCCCCGAGCAGGUCCAGUCUCUAAACCACUACUGCCCCGUGCUGCGGCCCGGCAACUCCAAUGCGGGCAACAAUGGUGGGCAUGAGCCGGAGCCCCCCUGUAGCCCCGCCCCCGGCACCAACGCCAGCCCCCUCACCACCAGCAUCGACCUCACCACCCACUCAGGCUCGGCAACGCCGGAACCAAGCUUCCACGGGUCCCCCGGCCCCUUGGAGAGAGAGCCUGACGUGGCCGUCAGGAACGGGGCUGUGAAAGAAAUGGACGGCCAAGACGCCAGCUUGUUCACAAAGUCAGGGCUGUCCACUGGAAAAACCAACCAGACGGUGACAGUUGAUUUUUGCCAGGAAAUGACUGACAAAUGUACAACUGACGAGCAGCCAAGGAAGGACAUUACUCAGUAGUGGUGGUUCUCUGUUUUUUUUUUUUUUUUUUUUAUUAUUAUUUAAUUUUAAUCUUCAGACAAACCCUCUGUCAGGGUUGUUGAGAUGUCGGCCUCUCCCAGUGUUCACUGAAAAACAAGCUUUUUAUGUAUUUAUGUCUUUUUGUGCUGUUUUAUUUUGUUUUUGUUUGUUUUGAACGGUUGACACUAAAGUUGUCUUAACAGCAGCAAUACUGUUCUCCAGGUAUUUUCCUCUUAUUAUGACAGAGUGGGAACUUCUCACCAAACCCUUACAAUGGUGCUACAUUCGGCCCAGCAGCAACCUCUUCAGUGGAGACUCUGCUCUUCAUGUGUCGCUCGUCACAGUUCAACCUCAUCGGACCUAAACAGCAGCUCUCUGCGUCGCUCUGUGUACCAACAGCAUCUCUGCUUCUGCCUUUCUCUCUCCCGCCUCCUCCUUCUCUUUCUUUCCCACUCUGUUUUUUAACAAUCUUCUCUACCUCUCUCUGUCUCACCCUCUUCCUGUCUCUCUCUCUCUCUCUCUGCGGUCUCUUCUCUCAAUAUAUCUUAGUGGCCCUUUUCGUCACAGCAAUUCAAACUCAGGAAUAGAAAUAAAAAAAAUCCUCUGAAUGUUCAACGGAAUUCAUGAAAAAUGAGAAUACAGUUUCUGUACACGAGGAAGUUAACGAUGCAGAUAGACUGUAAAAUGUUCAUAUGCAAAAAAGAAAGAAGAAAAAAAAACACGUCUUCAAGCGUCUCACAUUUGUAUUUCUGUACAGGAGAACUUUGUACAGGCUGCGACCGAUAACAUUCCUCCUUUGCCUUCCUCAGCACUGAAUUGAAAGGAAAAAAAAAUGUUUUUUGCAGGUGGUUAAAUUACUAUUUUUUAUUUCCCACUCAUCAGCAAUACCAUUGUAUUUGGGUGUUGUAACAGUGACUGACUUUUCAAGUGCUUGUUUGGCAGAAUUGUACAUAGUCUGGAGCAUGAUGACUGUAACAGUGAUUUUGUACAGGUAGAGGCUUAGAUGUUUCUUUUUCACCGGGGUUAUAUCAAGCACCUUUUUGCUAAGGGAAAAUCUUUGCUUUGCUGUUUCCUGUCCUGCCUAAUGAAUAUUCCCCGUCAUGGUGGGUGUUCUUAUACUCAGGAAAUCAGCUCGAUACACAUGUAGACACUCACACACACACAACAGCACAUACAGACCCAUGCGUCAACACCCGUGUAAAAUUGUUAAGCCCAAUGCAUGUAUAAAAGUUAGACAUUCAAGAUGUUCUCUGUAGUGCGCAGCUCAGGCCUGCUCCUCUCCACCUUUGACUCCUCUUUAAAUGUGAAUUUGACUUGUGUUUUUUGGGGUAAAUCUUAUUUCUUAUCAGUAUUUAAAGAUGCUAUUCAUGUGCACUCGCGCAGACAUGUUUGGGGUUUCUUCAGUGUUGCCGUUUGACAGCGAAAAGUGCAGCCACCAUCGAUGUGUCAAAUACUCUCCUUUUUUCAAAUUGAUCCUGAAUAAUAUAUAAACCUCUUGACAAAAAGAUUUUAAGAAAUCAGUAAAUUGGACUUUAUUCAGACACUUUGUUUUCCGGCCAUGGAGCCAUUUAGCACUUCAAUGAGGCGCUUUGUCCUUGUUUCAGAAAAAGUCUGAGACUGGAGCACUUAAAUUGGCACUUCAAGAGGAAAAAUCACGUUUAUUUGAUUAUAUGAAUAUACAGUAAAGAAAAUCCCAAGGAAGGAAACGUAUCUGAAACUUAAAUCCAAGAGGAAUCUAAGGUUUUAGAAGAAGAGUGUUCACACCUUGUAUUAGUUUGUCUUCAGGACUUGAAUAAGCUAAUUCAGAAUUCAUUGGAUGUGAAAGCAGUGUAAGUGUCGUCAGAACAAUUAAGCAACAAUCAUAUAAGAUAGAAACAUGUUUGCCCUGAUAGUGCAUUUGUUUGAACAUCUACUUUGUGAUGUGUGUGCAUGCUGCCUAUAGCUGUUUGGCCUAGUUAGUUUGUCCAGCUUCUGUUUUACCCCGCAAGUUCUCUGCGGAGCAGUCCGCUUUUAAAAUUAUUCUUUUUAAAUCUAUAUAUAAAUAUCUAUAUUUCUAUGUAUAAACAAGCUGAAUUAUCACAACUCUCACUGGAGGCUGGCUUUUACGUACAAGCAGAGCCACGCUCUAGUGCAAAGGUGGAGUUCAAUUGGAAUGUGAAACUUUGUUUGUUGCUCUUUAAAGCCCCAAUCCAAAAUGACACUCCUGUUAGAGUAUUAGAGCUCAUGUGAGAUUAAUAGAGAGCAUAAACUAAUGUCAUGUCCGCCCCUGUUCCACUGGCUUAUCUUACCCUUCUGUCACAUGUUAUUAUUGAUUGGUAUCUACUACAGUACUCUGUAUUACAUGUAGUUCAAACGUGUAUUAAUUUAACAACAUUAGCUUCAAGCAACAAUUAUAUUAUAUGUAACAUAUUAUAAUUUGUAAGUAUAUAGGACAUUAAACAGAUUACUACACCUACAAUUAGACAAACAAAAAUAUUAUAUUUGUAUACAUACUGUAAAGUGGAAUUAUACAACCAAAUAAAUGAUACAACCACAUAAGUGUUAGCAAUAUAGAUACAACCAUUCAGUGCAUCUACGGAGCGCUGACUCUGCAGUUGAAGAAAUGAGAAAAUCUCACUGACAUUUUGUCUUACUAAAAAUGCUGGACACAUAAAAUAGCUAAAUAAUGUGUUGUGUGAAUCAUGCACAGUCAUUGCUGAAUAUUUAAAUAACUUACCACACCAGGUCCUUAUUCUAAUACGAAGUACUGUAGUAGAUACUAAUAACCUUUGAAUAUGAAUAUCUUCUGUAGCAGGAAAGUUAAGGGUAUAACUAAGCUAAGCAAGCCACACCCCCUUACAUGUACCAACUCCCUCACCCAGUUUCGUGAUUUUACUUUGGUACAUGAGUUGUGCUGCUGGAUGGUGUCGUUACUCUUUAAAUUGAAUUCCCAGAAAAAUGUAUGGGGACAUGUUGUUGCCAAAUAGAUUUCGGACUCGGGCUUUAAAGUUUGAACAAAAUAUUUUGAAGUUUUAACCCUAAUUUUUACUGAUGUACAUUUUUUGACUUUAAAAUAGUAGAUAAGAAAAUGAUCUGACAUGACUCUAAGUGUAUUUUAUGAACCUGUUUUUUAAAUUGUUAUAAUACCCAUCUCUAUUUUGUAGAGUACAUUGACCCGCAAGCGCACAAACACAUGCACACAUGCCGUACACACACAUAUACAUAUGAUACACACACAGUACAUACGUGGUGGCACAGCCUGGGUGCAGAGCAGUAGUGAUUAUUCAUUGACUGGUGUGGUUUCUCUUGUCCUCAACCCUUUUUGUAUACUGUUUAUGCUUUUUUCAUUCUUGUACUUGUAAUUGAAGCUGAACAGUAUUUACCCAUGUGGCCGCUCUACCGGGUUAAAGCCAGAAAAUUGUUACAGAAGCUUCUUCUCUGCAAACAUUUUCUUUUUGUGUGCUUUUUCAUAUGCUUGAUGUUAAAAUGAAGAACCCUGGUGUUGCAUUGGGGAGCACAGACUCUUUCACCUUGUGUUUUUCUGUCUGGAGAAAGUUCAUUCAUGAAGUUUGUCCUGUAACCAUUGUAACAAAGGAGCCUUGAGAUGUGCUUGAUAUGCUACAAUGAAGAACUUCUGCUACCCUCACAGACCUGCUCUGUGUUGCUAAUUCAACUUAACAAACCCUAGAGGAAGAAGCAGGCAAAAUAACACCUCUGAAUUACACUCUCCCGGCAGAAAAGCCUUUUAUCCUGAGCUCUUUGAGUCUUGCUACAUGCCCCAACACUGACGUGUUGGUAAAGUUACAGUGUAAUCCUCCAUCCAUCCUCAGCUUCAGUGGUGGAUUCCAGGAAAAACUGUCUGGAUGCACCCUGGAGACUGAGGAAAUCUGUCUCUUGAGAUUUAUUUUUCCAUUCUACUAAUGAAACAAUAGAGGAAUUUUGUUUAUGGUGCUCAUGUCACUGGAUAAUAUUGAGAAACAAAAAAGCUCCUUGCCCCGCCCCUCCGGAUAAUUGUGCAGCUCUAUAGUUCCAAUGAUUAUGUACACAAAACCAAUUUUCCAGUCGCCUCAAUUGUUUUGUGUUGUCGGCAGAAAUCUCAAACGACCUCAGAGCUUUGGCAAACGAAAACAAGACACAGUUCAUUAAGUGACAAAAAUGUGUUCGUCUUUUGGAUGAAACAACUGCUAAAGUUGCUCAGGGAGCCGAGCAUGACUUUGACUUUGAGCUUUUUCAAGUAAAAACUAAUCCAUUAGAAUGUUGAUAUAAUUUAAAGCCACAUUCAUUGAUUUGUUCGGCCACUUGGGGGCAGCAGAACAAGUAAAAAGGCAUUAUCUAUCAGGAGGUUAAUUUGGCUCAUUUACACAUCCAGCAGAUACGGGGUGAAAUGUUUGUGUACAUUUGAUGCAUGUUAUAUCCACUCUCUUUUAAGCUUUGUUUUGGUCUCCUCCAGCUCCUUGGAGAAAGGACGUGGCUCUUAAGUUCUAUGGUGCUGCUAUGUUCGUCAGCUAGUAGCUAACUUUCUCACAUUUCAUUGAUUAUAAAUAUUGAUAAGUGCAACUUUACAAUGAAGUUACAGAAAUAACUCCAAGUUUAGAAAAAACUCUUAAAAUGAAUGAAUGAAUUUGAGAAUUGGGGAAUCCUUCAGGUUACUUGGUGCAGGCCAGACCCAUUUGUGCAUAGCUAUUACAACGGAUUGAUUUAAGUGAACAAUUUCGCUGUUGCUGUAACUCUGUAAAUGAAUGCUCUCACCAUUUUUUGCUGUGUAUUUGUCUUUUAUAGUUAAACUCUUUUUUUUUUGUUGCUGCUUCUCUGAAACAAACACUGGCUUUUCAACUCCAAAGGUUGUUCUACAAAAGAAUAUGAACAAAAUCCUGCCUUUCUCACAGACUGCUCGACUUUACUGAGAAGAAGAAGAAAACAUCUGGUACCCUGGUUGAAUGCGCAGGCUGAGCUCAUUGAAGAUAAACAUGGAAAUGGAAUAUGUUUACAAAUAGGUCUCAUGUCAUGUAUGAUCAAUUCUUGCCAUGUAAAAAUCACUCGGUUCAAUUAGACUGGUUCUCGGUGUUGUGUAAAGACACAAAGAUGAAGAUUCCUCACCUUGUCUUUAAUCCAACUUUUGGGAUGGGUUAGCAUUACAUGAAUACAAGUGCACCUCCGAUAUUUGCCUUAGAACGUGCAGAGGCCAUAGUUCACAUUCAAGUGAAGUGAGUGUAUGCAGGGGCCUGGGCCCCCCAUCCCUGAGUCACCAGUGCGGACUUUCUCACACUUAUCUACCUGUGAAAUCCUUCAUACCUCUCAUAACUGGUCAAUGACUGUAUCAGCAAACUGCAUCAGGUGUUUUUUCUACAUGCUUUUUACACAGAUUAUAUGGAUUAUUGUAUUAGUCAAUUUUGGUGCAUCAUUUUUAAUGUAAUAGCUCUUAAGCUUGUAGUUCAAGUUGUUGUUUUUUCUUUCAUUUUUCUAGAUGACUGUUUUGUGUUAAUAUUGUCAAUUCGAAAUAGCUGUUAUUUGCUUAUUCUCUACUUAGAGUUCUUACCUUUAUAAUUUUUAAAUGCUACAUGACCCUAAUUAAUUAAAAUGACUUAAUAACCAUUGUAAAUACUGUAUUGUGCAAACCCAGUUUUCAUUAAUUUCAAUUGCUAGUGUUAUCUAAACGACUUUUUUGUCUAGACACCAUUUCUCUUUAUGAAAUAAAGAAACAUGCAUAUCA